GAUUUAACGACAGUGAUCAUUCGAACGUAUUCAAAGACGUGUAACAUUCGAAAACACAAACUUCAUCCCUUCAAUGCAGGUCAACGUCAUCUCUCAUUCGGCAAACGCGAUUAUUGCACACUCUGGGCUGGCCGUUCUAGAUCUUGCAUUCAACACAGGCUCAGAAAUUGAGUCGGAUACAGACCAUAUUGAUUUUCAGCCCGUCCAGCCACGCGUCAUAUGCACCCCAGCGUGGAUGAAAUGCUCAAAGCACGAGAAGAAUUCGUUCGCAGUGCUCUGAACCGCCCAUCUAUCAGUUCACACGAGCGGCUUGCGAGGAACCAUACCAACGCACUGGCAAACUGGAUCAGGAUCCGACAGCUAUAGAGAACACUGAAUCAAGAGCUGUGAUUGAUCGUUGUCCACAGUCCAGAGGAGAUGCGACUUCAUCACGCCUCUUCCUUUCUGAUCCCCACUUUUUUCCUCACGUCCACCUUUUGCAAUGAGUUUCUUCCAUGCGGCCUAUGGGGUCUCGAUUGGACAGGGCACAUUCACUGCCAUCCAGGGAAACCAGACGAAUAACCAUAUUUAUCAUGAGAUUGUUAAGCGGAGGAGGGGGCGUACGAUAUACGACCAAUUCCACGAAAUCAUGCUUGGCGGAGUGCACAGAAUUCGGGAUAUACAUUGCGAAAUUUACCCAAGGCAAUGGGACGUCGGUAUUAGGAAGCGGCGGGAAGAGGGACGCUUUCGAGUUGAUCGAACGGUUUGCGCUGCCAAAAUCUGUGGUGAACAUGGGAGAUUCACGGUAGUUUCGUACAGUGGACCAGAGAAGGAGAAGGUAUGGGCCAGUGUUUAUGACUUGAGUUGCAAAUAUCAAGAGCUUUUCCAGGCAUGGAAGGAAGACUUUCAACAGUUCUCUGAAACUAUCAAUACGACGAAGAUGCAAUUAUUCGGGAUUAACCGGUCAAGUGUGCCCCUUCUGAUAUUUUAUGGAGAGCUUGUACCUCUCGCUCAUUUGUGGGAUAGCCUUGGACAGUUCGGACGAAGUUAUGCCUAUACAUUGUCGCGGGACGUAUGGCAUUGCAGUCCAUCCGAGGUGUGGAUAGAUCCUGAACAAGGAACUCUUGUCCGUGGAAUAGAGGGGCCCGAUCGCGAUAUAGAUUAUGUGACCUUCGGCGAUUUCGAGACGCUGCCAUCAAGCGUCGAACUCCUCCAUGAAGAUGUUUGCUUUCGCUAUCUCUCUCGGUUGCCAUUGGAUCAAGGUUUUGACAGAGAUGUCAUUGAUGUCCUCCACUUUGCGUCCGAGAUACGAGAAGAUAAACCUCCGACUAUCAGUCGACCGUGCGUCCUUUUAAGUAAGACAAAUUCCAUAAUCGCAUUCGGAAGUCGGGUCUGGAAUGGAUUUGGGUGCCUUGGCGACCAGGUAUUGAUGCCCGAUGGCAGAACAAGGUGCGAAGUUGAGAGAUAUGCUCAAUGUCAGUGGCUGAUCAACAUAUAG